AUGCCUUUGAUAUAAUAAUUAUCUAACCUUUUACUUCAAGGAAAUAAAGGAUAAUUAUAAAAAAAAGAGUUCUAUAAGCUCAGAACUAAAGUUUAUUAAUUAAUUGCUUUUGUUUACAUGGAUGAUUAAUUCGAUAAUUAUGUUAGAAGUAUAGAUUAGAUACUGCAAUAAAUUACUUUUAAUUAACAAAAUUGUUAAAAGGAUGAAAUGAUUAAAUUUUUUUAUGAUGCAUCUGGACUAGCUUAAAAUAUAGAUGUAGGCAAUAUUUAUAGAGUCUUUUUAAAGAAAACCUAUAACUUAUACAAAUUUAUAUAUUCAGAAAAUUUAUUAAGAUUUGGUUUAGAUUAAGAAUUAAUGAUUCCUGGUUUAAAAUUAUUAACAAAUUUAAUUGAUAACAAAACAUAAAGAAUAACAAUUUUAAAUAAUUAAAAUUAUGGGUAUUUAAUGUUUAGAGAUUUUUCAGUUUUUCUAAAUAAAUACGGUAGUUUUUUAUUGGAAUAGUUUUCGAAAGAAUUAGUGAAUAAUAAUAACAUAAAAUUAGUUUUGUUAUAUUGGAGAAUUUUAAAUAAAUUUAUUACAAGCAAAUUGAUAAAAUUUUCUGUUUUUUAAUUAUUUGGAGAUUCUUCAUUUAUUAAUUAUUUAUAAAUAAAUUUAGAUUUGAAAUUUAGUUUAUUUAAUUAUGUAUUUUAAUAUCCAAAAUUAGCUCAAGUUUUUUUAUCAAACUUACUUUUGAUUUCUGAAUAAUUUUUGGAAACAGUUUUUUCGUUUAUGAAUUAAUCUUAUACUAUUAAUAUUUUUGCAAUUUGUAAAGAGUUCUUGCUAAAAAUUACUUAAGAAAAUUUCAAAUAUGGAAGCUUAAGUAUGUUCUAAGAUGAUACAUUGAUUACCAAUACUUCUCAAAUUAUUUAAAACUUAUGUGUUUUUUGUGUUGAGGAGAUUAAUAUUAAAUUAUGUGAUGAUAUAGAUAAAAAUGUCUAAUAAGUAUAUGCUUAAGGUCAACCUCUUUUUAAAGAAUAUAUUUAGAUGGAAUGA